UCCACAGCGCACACACCCCCUGUGUACAGACAUGCAGAAGCUCCGUCGUUACCCAGCGCUUCGUUCCAGCCUGCACAUGAAAUGCUAGGAAGCACAUUGGCGUCUGUCAUCGAAGACCGGCCACCUCUCUCUCUACAGGACAAAAGCUGCUGUGAUCCCUCAUUGUCCUAAGAUUAAAAAAAAGAGGAGUGUUUUCCUGAGGGGGGAGUUAAAGAUGACAUGUUCGUCUCUCAUCGGGGUGGGAAGAUAGCAAAGACGUUCAUAUGAAAAUAAAAAUCUGGACUACACUGCGACGAUGGCGUACACCCACUCGCACAUCAUGGCAUCAAGACGACAUCCGCCUAGUAGAGUAAUAAUCGAACUGGAUGAGUACAGCUCAAACCCGACACAGGCAUUCACAUUCUACAAUAUUAAUCAAGGACGAUUCCAACCACCACAUGUGCAAAUGGUGGAUCCUGUACCCCAUGAUGCCCCCAAACCGCCUGGCUAUACCCGAUUUGUCUGCAUUUCUGACACCCACUCAAGAACUGAUCUCCUCCAGAUGCCAUAUGGGGACGUUCUAAUACACGCUGGAGAUUUUACAGAGCUCGGACUGCCUAGUGAAGUGAAAAAAUUUAAUGACUGGCUGGGAAGUCUUCCAUAUGAAUAUAAGGUUGUCAUAGCAGGAAAUCAUGAGCUGACAUUUGACCAUGAGUUUAUGGCGGACUUAAUCAAACAAGACUUCUACUAUUUUCCUUCCGUGUCCAAGUUGAAGCCAGAGAAUUAUGAGAAUGUCCAAUCGCUGCUCACAAACUGCAUCUAUCUCCAAGAUUCCGAGGUGACAGUGCGAGGAUUCCGUAUAUAUGGCUCCCCGUGGCAACCUUGGUUCUAUGGCUGGGGAUUUAACCUUCCUCGGGGGCAGUCCUUACUAGAUAAAUGGAACCUCAUACCAGAAGGCACAGACAUACUUAUAACACAUGGACCACCCUUGGGAUUUUUAGACUGGGUGCCCAAAAAAUUACAACGGGUGGGCUGUGUGGAGCUGCUAAACACAGUGCAGAGAAGAGUACAGCCAAGACUCCACGUGUUUGGUCACAUCCAUGAAGGGUAUGGAGUAAUGGCAGACGGGACCACUACAUAUGUCAAUUCCUCAGUAUGUACUGUGAAUUAUCAGCCGGUUAAUCCUCCUAUAGUAAUUGAUUUGCCAAAUCCAAGGAACACGUGAUUCCAGCAACGUAUAUAUAGGAAUCAUCAGCUGGCUCCCAUGUAACUAGAGUGGCCAUCACUGACUUCCUGCACCUUAAUGAGUCCAGUAAACAGAUUAUCGAAUAUGUAGGCGGACAUGUUUUAUUGGACAGUUUGGCAUGCAGGCUAUGCACAACUACAGUAUAUUACCAGCCUGUACCAUGGAAACCACCCAGACGAGGCCAAUACCGACUAUUGAGAUUACACCAGCCAAUCCUUAAAUGGCCACUCUGGUCAAACAGCAAACUUUUUUUUUUAAGCAAUCAUAAUGACUGCUUUAAAAUCCUUUAUUUUUUUUUAUUUUUUGCUGCAACCACACUUUGCUGCAACCGCACAGGAUGAACCUUGCUUUUGAGUUGCUAUAUUCUAAAGGGAGAACCACCAUCGUCCAAGCCUACAGUUAUUUUCACAUCGCAAUCCCUCCUCCUAAAACAUGCCUGAUCUCUGUGUCCACUUAACACCCAGAGAGGUUUCAGUAGCCAAUGCAGAACUG